AUGCCUCUGAUGGAUCCCUCAAGGCUUUCAUCGGCGUCUCCUAUCGUCGAUUAUGAUCCGCACGCGCUAAUUCCUUUGCUGAAGGCCCAGUUACCUUAUUCGAUUCCGUUGCUACGGCGCCUCCAGCAUGGUCUAGCGUAUCCUUCAUCUACUGCUAAGAUUCUGACGACGUUCUCAGGGGCAGAUGCGCCAACCUCUCCGUGGCUGGCUGCAUAUGUGGAUCUCUUCGCUGGUCGCGAAACACAGAUCGUGAUCUACUCGAGCCUCGAAGCCCAGGCGACGUCUCCUGUCGGUGAAUGCCAAUUUGUCUCUAUUCUGCGAGAUUCCAGCCAGUCUCUGGAGCUGGCUCGUGCACAACUAUUAGCUCUACUAUCCCAUGUCAAGACAUACCUGCUACCAGAGUAUUUGUCAUCUAUCCAAUCUACCCGAUCUUCCCCUAUUCCCAACAAUCUGGGCCAGGAUCCCGCUUCCAAACACUCGGGUUUGAUCCCUGCGCCGCCCCCUCAGGCUUUCCUAAUUGGCAAUCUACAUACGGGACUAUUUUCCUUACUAAGUGCCUCGGGGGAUUAUACUCAUUCGGAGCCUGUCCCAGGCCUUCGGGUUCACCGCUUCGAUAAUCCUCCAUAUGUCAAGUACCUAUUUAGGGGCCAAAAUUCUGUCAUAGAUAGCUCUGACAGCUUUGACAGCCCUGACAGCGCCCCAGCCCCACUUCCAGAUGGCUUUCGCUUCCCCGACAGGGAAGGCCGAAUCGGGGUACAACCACAUCAGUACGACCUGAUACGGUUUCGCACCAAUGUUCCACGUUCACGUGGAACCUUAACCAAGCUCCCGGGAGUGGCUAUUUACUCCGAUCGUAAGACUCAGCUCCAGCCACAUUUGUCUGACAGCUCAGAUGCAGCUGAAAGCUCACCGAACCGGGCUCCACUCGGAGAAAUGCCCAUCGCGUGGGCCUUUCUGGGUACUGAUGGCAGCUUGGCAACCCUGCAUGUUGAACCAGAGUACCGGGGCCAGGGACUUGCCUCACAUGUCUCCAAGGAAGCUAUGCGACAAGGGAUGGCCGAGGGUGGCAUCUGGCGAAACUACGGAGAGGCUGGUGAGGCUUGGGUCCACGCCAAUGUGUUGGAAAGCAAUAUCGCUAGUCGUCGAGUGAUGGAAAAGCUGGGUGGUGAUAUUGGAUGGACAUGUACGUGGACUGUAGUUGAAUACGAUAUGUAG